CGGAGGAUCUCACAUUCAGAAUAGUCUGCUCUCGGGUGAGAAGAAGUCCGGACGGUGUGUCUUGUGGAUGACACUGUGGGAUAUUCCUCCUUGGAUACAGCGGGUGUGGGGACGGACACCCUGGGCUGUUGCUGCUCUUCUUUUCUCUUGUCUGGGAGUUGUGUGGUGUGGUGGAGAGAGGAGCCCCCGGCUACAUGUUCUCCAUCCAGGAUACUCUCUCCAGGGGGGCGCUGAGUAUGAAGGAGGAACCCAUCCCCUCCGGAUUGUCCUCCGUCCGAUCCUGGAUGCACUCCUCAGGAAUAAUGGACUCCAGCACCGCCGCACAGAGCGGGAUCGGGCUGUCCAGGGCCCACUUUGAGAAGCAGCCGCCAUCCAACCUCAGAAAAUCCAACUUCUUCCACUUCGUUCUUGCGCUCUACGACCGUCAAGGGCAGCCGGUGGAGAUCGAGAGGACAUCCUACAUCGACUUUGUAGAAAAAGACAAAGAGCAGAGCGGAGAGAAAACGAACAAUGGCAUCCAUUAUAGGCUCCAGCUCCUCUACAGCAAUGGAAUCAGGACGGAACAAGAUAUUUAUGUGCGGCUCAUCGACUCCAUGUCCAAACAGGCCAUCAUCUAUGAAGGUCAGGACAAGAACCCAGAGAUGUGCCGAGUCCUUCUCACUCACGAGAUUAUGUGCAGCCGGUGCUGCGACAAGAAGAGCUGCGGGAAUCGCAACGAGACGCCCUCAGACCCGGUCAUCAUAGACAGGUUUUUCUUGAAAUUCUUCCUAAAGUGCAAUCAGAACUGUCUGAAGAAUGCUGGAAAUCCACGAGAUAUGAGAAGAUUCCAGGUCGUGGUUUCUACAACAAUAAAUGUGGAUGGACAUGUCCUCGCUGUGUCCGAUAACAUGUUCGUACACAAUAACUCCAAACAUGGACGCCGGGCUCGGAGACUGGACCCUACAGAAGCAGCAACCCCGUGUAUCAAAGCCAUCAGUCCCAGUGAAGGUUGGACCACCGGUGGAGCCACCGUCAUCCUCAUAGGAGACCACUUCUUCGAUGGUCUGCAGGUGGUGUUUGGCACAAUGCUGGUGUGGAGUGAGUUGAUAACCCCCCAUGCCAUCAGGGUCCAGACCCCUCCAAGGCACAUCCCCGGAGUGGUGGAGGUGACGCUCUCCUAUAAGUCCAAACACUUCUGUAAAGGAUCGCCCGGCCGCUUUGUCUACACAGCCUUGAAUGAACCAACCAUUGACUACGGCUUCCAGAGACUACAGAAGGUGGUGCCCCGACAUCCGGGAGACCCCGAGAGGUUACCCAAGGAAGUCUUGUUAAAGCGAGCAGCAGAUCUGGUUGAAGCCUUGUAUGGGAUGCCGCACAAUAACCAGCAGGAUAUUUUAUUAAAAAGAGCUGCAGAUAUCGCUGAAGUUUUGUACAGCGUCCCUCGCAACUCCAAUCAGCUAUCAUCGUUAACGACCAAUCACCAUCACAGCGGCAUGAUGGGAGUCAACUCCUUUGGAAGCCAACUGGCCAUCAAUAUCGCAGAGUCUCAGCAGGCCUCCGACCAAGGCUAUAUCAGGAACACGAGCAGUGUCUCUCCGCGGGGCUAUGUUCCAAGCUCCACCCCUCAGCAGUCUAAUUACAACACCAUCACUUCCAGCAUGAACGGCUACGCGGGGGCGGGAAUGACCAGCCUGGGAGUACCAGCGUCGCCAAGCUUCCUUAAUGGCUCCACUGCCAACUCUCCAUAUGCAAUUAUGCCCGCAAGUCCCCCACUCGGAGCGUCUUCAAUCACUCUCCCGUCCAGCGCCAAUUCCGGGACCCCCAGUGGCAUCUUCUCCUUCUCACCGGUCAAUAUGAUCUCCGCUGUCAAACAGAAGAGCGCCUUUGCCCCAGUGGUGCGACCCCAGAACUCUCCUCCACCUACCUGCACCAGCUCCAGUGCGAACAGUCUACAAGCCAUGACUGGUUUGAUAGUUCCACCAAUGUAGAAUACGUGACUUGAGACUCCAUAGAAAACCUCUACAUCCCACAACUUCCUUCAAGGACAAGAACCUGCCGACCGACCAGCACCUUUAUGUCAUCAAGGAAACGACUGAAUAAAACAAAGACUGGUCUAAUUUUCUCAAAGGGUUCUCACUGUAACAUGGGAUCCAUGGAGAUCCAUGGAGGGAUCCAUUAGACAUGGAAGAUACCACUUACGUAUAAUCCCCUUAACUUUUCGAGGAAGGAGCAUUAGGUAGAAGAGGACAACAGGUGCCUUUUCAUUCCUUCUCUUAAGGACACACAAACUUGUAGGACCAAACUUUUUUUCAUGUAUCGUACGGUGAUGGACCAUUUCCUACCAAAACACAGCGAACUGGAAGCAUCCCUUAUUUCACCAUUUAUAUGUUGAGGAUCCAUUCCCAUUCGAUGAACUGGAUUGAGUGAGAUCUUAAAAAAAUAAGGGCCUGAGACUUGUAUCGGAAGGGGUGGUGUGUCCACGGGGGUCCAAAAAACAAAAACACAAAGGGGAUGUUCGGAAUGACGCACAAAGAGGACUUUCUUUUCAUUCUCGAAAAAUGUUCUUCCCAUUGGGUGACCCCUUCCAGCUUCGAAACUCCACUGACAACUUUCACGGUGAAGGGUAGAAAACGGAUUGUUUUGUACUGCACUUUCUAUGUUUUUUUAGUUUUUGGACAUUUCAAGUUGUUUUUUGUUUUUUUUCUUCAUUUUGUUUUUUUUAUAUAUAAGUUAUAUGAAAUGAUGCUUUCAAUGUCUGAGUGCUGGAACAUCUGAUAGUUUUGGUUAAUGGUUGAGGUUGUCCAUUACUCAACUAUUUAAAAAUUGCUUCCUUUGACUUUUGUAAUACGCAAGAUGAAGAUUGUAGCAUCCGCCAGGGCCAAGUGCAUUGAUUCUCUACAUUAUUGGAGAAUAUGUUUUUUUUUUAUACCUAGUUACCGUCCUUUCCCUCUCAUCCUCCGUCAUACUCCCUACCCAUAACCGGAGCGUGAGCUUGUAGUGGCCCUGACCCCGAGGCCUUAGGUAUAAGACGAGGGCCUAGGUUUAGAGGCAACAAUGUUGUGUGAUGUUAGGUACAGAAGGUGAAAAGUCAUAGACUCCUUCAGUGUUGAUGUCAUAAUAUUAUUUAUAUCAUAUAUUUAUUCUUCAAGCAUUAGACAGUUUUUGGAAGGUUGAAGUUCAAGACGAUUUCCCCGUAUGGAACCUGUGUGUGCUUGUGUGUUCUUGACCUCCCACCCCCUCAUUUCCACCGUCUUGUGCUCACUGAUUGUGUCCCUCACUCGGAUCCAGAGGACCAACGUUCUCCUGAUCUAGAACAGUUUACUUUUUUUGCCAUUUAUCUUGUUUUUGACCUAUGUCUGUCUUUACCACAACAAACUUGUAUCCAUAUUUCCAAUAUUUUACAGUACAUUUUCAUCCUGGCAUGUUUGACCCCAUCAGGAUUUUUUUUAAAAAACUGCGUCUUCCAUAAUUAUUAAGAAAAAAAGAUUGAAAAGUGAUCAUUUGCUAUAUUUAUGUUACUUAGCACCUACAUCCCGUUGUAAUAAAAA